UAAAACUCCCUAUCCCUGGUGGUUGUAUUAUAUGAGUUCAUAUCUGUAAAACUCCUUACAGUACCUAGCACAUUGUAAGUGCUAUGUAAGAUCAGUAGGGAAGUUCAAAAGAACUAAAAACAUUUUAUCUACAUUAUUGAAAAAUGAAUGAGAAAAAAGCCAGCACUUUGCCCUUCUUGUAAACUCACAGUCCCCAGCUCCAAGAGAGUUAAGUGUCCUUCGUUCAAUCCUUGGAGGGCCUACCAUGUACUAAAAAUCACCAUGAAUCAGACAUCCCAGUCCUCAAAGGGCUGACAGUUGGAUUAGAAAUCAGAACUCUUUCUUUAUUCUUUUCUCUUUUUUUUGGCUGGGGCCAGGUUUGAACCCACCACCUCCAGCAUAUGGGGCCAGCGCCCUACCCCUUUGAGCCACAGGUGCUGCCCUCUUUUCUUUUCUUUUCUUUUUUUUUUUUUGAGACAAGGUCUUGCUCUGUCACCCAGGCUAGAGUGCAGUGGUGUCAUCAUUGUUCACUGAAACCUCAAAUUCCUGAGUUCAAGCAAUCCUUCUGCCUCAGUCUCCCAAGUAACUGGAACUACAGGAGCAUGUCACCAUGCCCUGCUAAUUUUUCUUUCUUUCUUUCUUUUUUUUGUAGAGACAGAGUCUCACUUUACCACCCUCGGUAGAGUGCCAUGACGUCCCAGGACUCACAGCAACCUCCAGCUCUUGGGCUUUCGCGAUUCUCCUGCCUCAGCUUCCCCAGCAGCUGGGACUAGAGGCGCCCGCCACAACGCCCCGCUAUUUUUUGGUUGCAGUUUUUCUAUUUUUUGUAGAGCUGAGGGCUCACUCUUGCUCAGGCUGGUCUCUUCUAACUCCUGACCUCAAGAGAUCCUCUGGCUUUGGCCUCCCAAACUGCUAAGAAGCACAGGCUUGAGGUUGAGCCAGUACACCUGACUUAACCAAAUUUUUACAGAUAAGACAACUGAGGUGCACAAAGUGCCUUGCUCAAGGUCAUACAGCUAAAUAGCACCAGUGGUGGGUCUAGAAGCUAGCUAGCUAGGUCUUCACACUACUCUCAAUUCUGGACUCUUUCCACUGGGCAGUGUUCAGCCGCUUUUGAGUGCCAUAUCUCACCUUCUAUUUGAAAGACUCGACCCAGCUUUCUUGACCUUUCCUUCUUUGCACCCUCUACUACACACCUCCCUAACUUGGAGCCGAGAUUUAAGAAAAAAUGGUGAACCCUUUAGAUAAAGUCCCCUGCAGGGCGUUUUGAACCAUCCUCUGCAAGAAAAGGAAAGAUUAUUAUUAUUAUUAUUUUGAAAAGGAAAGAUUAUCAUUUGAUCCCUGCGUUAACUCUUCCUGUGCCGCGCAGGAGAAGUUGAGGACUUUUUUGAAAAAAAGACGGAGUGGCCUCACUCCGACCGAAAAGUGGAGUUCCCGCCCCAUGGGCAGCCGCAAAGACAGACGCUAAGCCACCUGUCACAGGGCCGUGGGUGGGGGCCAGGGACAUGAGGACAUGAGGACCGCGGAACCCGAGGGUGAGCGCCGUUGAGCGCACGCUCAGAGCAGACAGCUCGCAGGAGGCAGGAUGGUCUCACGACCCUAGGAGCUGACGGCCAGAGGGAGGGAAAGGAGGUCACGGAGGCGAAGCAGAGCAACCGGAGGUGGAGGAUCCUGGAGGUGACAGCAAGGAGAGUACGCAAGGGCGAGGGGCUGCUGAAGCGGGCCCGGAGACUUCUGCACUGACGCGGAGUGGGCGGGAGAGGAACGGAGGACAGCGCGGUGGCGCUAGGGACUGGACCGGCCGGGGCGGGGGUGCCAUGUCCCGCGAGCGGCCCCCCCGUACAGAUAUCCCUCGCAACCUGAGCUUCAUCGCUGCGCUGACUGAGCGCGCCUACUACCGCAGCCAGCGGCCCAGCCUCGAGGAAGAGCAGGAGGAGGAGCCAGGCGAGAGUGGGACGCGGCCCGGGGCCCGAUCCCGUGCUCACGCUCCGAGUCGGGGUCGCCGGGCUCGCUCUGCGCCCGCUGGAGGCGGCGGGAUCCGGGCGCCCCGUAGCCGUAGCCCGAACACUCGCAAGAGAGUGCGUUUCGCCGACGCACUGGGGCUGGAGCUGGCUGCCGUGCGCCGCUUCCGCCCCGGAGAGCUGCCCCGAGUCCCCCGCCACGUGCAGGUCCAACUACAGAGGGACGCCCUCCGCCACUUCGCGCCGUGCCAGCCCCGCGCCCGCAAUCUCCAGGAGGCGCGCGCCGCUUUGGAGCCGGCCAGUGAGCCGGGUUUCGCCGCCCGCUUGCAGGCGCAGCGAAUCUGCCUGGAACGCGCCGAGGCAGGCCCGCUGGGCGUGGCCGGGAGCGCGCGCGUGCUGGACCUGGCCUACGAGAAGCGUGUGAGCGUGCGCUGGAGCGCCGACGGCUGGCGGAGCCAGCGCGAGGCCCCCGCCGCCUACGCCGGCCCGGCCCCGCCUCCGCCGCGCGCGGACCGCUUUGCCUUUCGCCUUCCUGCGCCCCCCAUUGGGGGUGCCUUGCUCUUCGCCUUGCGCUACCGCGUGACCGGUCGCGAGUUCUGGGACAACAACGGUGGCCGCGACUAUGCUCUACGUGGGCCCGAGCACCCGGGCAGUGGCGGAGUCCCGGAGCCCCAGGGCUGGAUCCACUUUAUCUGAGACCAGGCGCCUUCGGCCCACAGCGGAAAAAACAAAGGCACCCAGGGGCGAGGGGAACCUGAUGUGGUGGGGAGGAAUGGGAGAAACCAAGAUUGGCUGGAAAUCGUCCGAGUCAAGUCGGGGAGGGCGAGGAGAGUGGGGGACAUCAGAGGGGCCCAGGGGCUAGGCGGAAUCAACGAAGGUCGGGGACUUUGGGGUGAGAAACGCUGGUUGGAUGUGAGUGAAAGGAACCCCAAGGCACGGGAGAAAGGAGACCCAAAAGGGCGCCAGAGAUUAGAAAAAAGUAGAAUGUGGAGGAUGGUGGCGUUCUCGCCGUGAGUAGGCCCAUCAAGUCUAGGCAGUGAAAGGCUAAAAAAUAUUUUGGGGAUUGAAGUGUUAGAUAAAACAGCCCACCCCAGUUGAAAUCAUUUAGAUUGCUAGCUCAUUUCCUUUCUUACCUGCCUUUGCCACCUAAGGCCCCCCAGUCCUACCCAUCCUAGCUUUAAUUCAGCCAUAUUGCCUUGCAUAAUCCCAGGAGCUUGGCCAUUGACCCUGGUUCUUGUCACCCCUGACAGUUCUAGCUUCAGGCCUUCAGAACUCCAGCCUCCAGGCAUCCUUAGGGAUUAAAAUGGAGGCUAAAGCAACUCUAGGGUUGUCCUUGUAGCCAAAUAAUGAGGUGCACUCAGAAAAAUGCCAGCCUUACCUUCUGGUGUGCCUUCUGAUAACCUCUAAGCACUUUAUGGGCUAUGUCAAAGGAUGGUGAAUCAUGAGAAUCACUAUUCUAAUUUUUUUCUGCCUCAGAAGAAAAAUAAGUUCUAACUAGAUGUGAAAUUUGGGCAAACAUACUUCACCUCUUUGUGCCCCAGUUUUUUCCUUGAAAUACAGGAUUUGGUUUAGAUUAUCUCUUAAAGGCUCUAUCUUGUUUGACAUUUAUGACUGGGUGGCAGAGUGUAGAUUAGAAGCUGCACUAGUGCAGCAGUUCAGAACUCACAGCCCCCUGAGUGUCAGCUUAGGGCUGAGGAUAUGUCCUCUAGUUUUUGGUACAGAUGUUCCACAACUCAGCAAGCAGCCCAAAGCUCCAGGGUAUUCCACAGCCUCUUCCAAACCGUAGCUCAUCCUCUGCCCUUUUUUGCUCUUGACCCCCCUCUCCCCCCCAGACUUCUAGCCUCUGUUCUCUGAAACAGCUUUGGGAAAGAGCAUUUUUUGGGGAAAAAGACGUAUGAGAACUCCAAGAUGAAAGGAAACAAUGUUGAGGGUUCUCUUGAGGAUAAAAGAUUAUGGUAUAAGGCAGUGGUCCCCAACCUUUUUGGCACCAAGGACCAGUUUUAUGGAAGACAAUUUUUCCAUGGACCUGGGGUGAGGGGGAUGGUUGCAGGACAAUUCAAGCCAUUACAUCUCCACCUCAGAACAUCCAUUAUUAGAGCCUCGUAAUGCAGGGUUCAUGCUCCUAUGGGAAUCCAGUGCCACUUAUCUGACAGGAGGCAGAGCUUUGGUGGUGAUUCAAGUGAUGGGGGAUGGCUGUAGAGAUGCUUUGCUUGCUUGCUCUUCCACAGUUUACCUUGUGCUAUGCAGCCUGGUUCCUAAUCAAUUCUGGUCUACUGCCCAGGGGUUGGGAACCACAAUUGUAAGAAAUAGAAAAUAUUUCAAAUCGGGCGGCGCCUGUGGCUCAGUGGGUAAGGCGCCAGCCCCAUAUACCGAGGGUGGCGGGUUCAAGCCCGGCCCCGGCUCAACUGCAACCAAAAAAAAAGCUGGGCGUUGUGGCGGGCGCCUGUAAUCCCAGCUACUCAGGAGGCUGAGGCAAGAGAAUCGCUUAAGCCCAGGAGUUGGAUGUUGCUGUGAGCUGUGUGAUGCCAUGGCACUCUACCGAGGGCCAUAAAGUGAGACUCUGUCUCUACAAAAAAAAAAAAAAGAAAAUAUUUCAAAUCAAGAAUCAAAGCAACUUGAUUAUUAAAUGCACCCAGAAGAUGGUAUUCGGUGCCUCAGUGCCGUGCCCUAAGCAAGUGAAAGUGAAAGCUGCCUUCCACAUCCAUGCCUUAUGUCUCUUCCUGGUUAACUUAACAUGGGAAUCAUUCCUUUGCUGGUUGCUUGUUUUUCCUUUUCUCACCCUACUCUGAGAUGAGGCAUGUUUCUCUUCUCUUUCUUUCUUGUUCUCAUCACUUUUUCCUUUUAAUAUGUAGGGUAUUUACCUUGGUUUUUGUCCACUUCCAUUUUCCUCCCUCUUCAUCCUUGUUCUCUGGUAUUUCUUUUCCCUCCAGAAGGGGUGGAGAACCCACUUCCUUUUCUCCAAGACCAUGGUUGAUCCACCUUCCUCCCUCAGGCUCCUUCUUGACAAUCUGCUAGAAGGGAAAAGAAGGGAAAGAAGCAGUUCCUGAUGCUACAGAUGUUACAAGGAACUCCCAGGUAAUCAGCUCCCAAACCCAUUUCUGUUAUUGAUUUCUCAAAGAAAAAUUUCUGGAUCCCCCUCUUCCUUAACUAAGUCAAGGGGGUGGGGCAUGCACAUGUUCCCACACAUACACUCAGAUCAAAGCACGGAGCUUGUUACCAUGCUCCUCAUGUCUACAGCCUUAAUCCUUUGAAGACUGGAAGGAGUGGAAUCCCUAGGUCAUUCCUCAAACAAAUGCCCAUUUAAACAUCUUCCUUAUCUUGUGAAGAAAGCAGAAUUUCAUGCAUCUUGUGGAUCACCUUCAGGUCAGAGUUCCAGCAAAGUGAAGAGAGAAACUGUACUGGAAGCCACGAAGCAAUGCACUGUUUACUCAUCAAUUAGAAGCCCAAGGGAGGAUAAUAUGAAGGGAGACUGGGUCGAUAACACAGUGGGUAAUCUCUUGCCUAAUGUGUAUGUAUUACUGUCCUGUCAUAUUAACAGUAGUGAUAACUCAGAUUUACUUAACAUUUAACUGCUAAAAUCUGUUUGGCAUGCAUGCACAAGACAGCCCUUAGUUGAACAUUGUCAUUAUCUCUGUUUUAGAGAUAAGGAAACAGGCUCAGAGAGCUCACUUAUUUGCUCAAGAUCACAUAGCUAGUAAAUGGCAGAACUAGAAUUAGGAACCCAGGACAUCUCCAGAGCCCCUGUGCAUAACCAUGAUGUUAUAUUUUCUCCCUUUAAACCUUGCUAUAUAUCAUCUCUCAGUAUGAGCAUAGUUUCCUAUAUCUCAGUAGGAGCAUAGUUUCCUACUGAUCUGCUUUCCCAUUCUCCCAGUCCUCCAAAUUGGCUUGGAGAAAGCAAGGAGCCCCAGGCUUCAUCUGUUCCUUGCAGGAGCUUGCCACUUUCCUGUGCCAGUAUCACAGCUAUGUAGGAUCAGCAAGGGGCGUGCUUGGGAACUUGGGAACCUGUUAAAAUUCUAGCCUUUGUAUUCAUUGGGAUUCUCUCCUGGCCGUAGCCAACCCUCUUUGCCUAUUUUUCUGCCACUUUCCUCCCCCUUCCUGCACUGGCAUGGAACAGGAAAGCCCCAUAAUGUUUCACUGGAAGGGUUCCCAAACUAGGACAACUAUUGGAUGGUCUGUGCUUGGGCUGUCUCUGGGAACCCUGGUAUUACUGACAGGGCAAAUGCAAACUCUGAUAUGGGGCAGAGAACUAAGGAUAAUCCUUUUCCCUAAGCUCUUUCUGUUUCACCCAUAUCCCUAUUCUUAGCUUUGUAGAACAACAUCUGAGUCUUCUGGUUCUUGCCAUUUUGAGCUGCCCCAGGGCUUGGGGUUAACUCAUAGUUUCUCCCUCAGCCUGGGCUGAGCCACCUUCUUGCACACACAAAUACUGGGUUCCUCCCUCUUUGAACCUGGGCUUAUGCAACUAGCAAUGCCACCAAUGCCAUUUGUAAAAUAGGGAAUAAACUAGUGAUUUUUUAAUGGCUUCUGUGUGCCUGGUCCUUUUGAGAUUUUCAGGAGGGAUUCUUUGCCCUGAUGGGUUUUGAUGGCCACUCCUUUCCCAUGACAUGAGCGCUGAGAUUGUCCCUAGCCCGUGGCUUUUCCUCACCUUGGGCUGAGUUGGUACAGCACUACCACAAACUCCACCAUCUGCAAAUCAACCAAAAUUAGGUAUUAUGCCCUUUCUUCCCUACAUUGUUCUUUCCAAAACUUCCAACCAUAUAUAUAUAUUUUUUUUUUUGAGACAGAGUCUCACUUUGUUGCCCUCCAUAGAGUGCUAUGGCAUCACAGCUCACAGCAACCUCAAACUCUUGGGCUCAAGCAAUUCUCUUGCCUCAGCCUCCCAAGUAGCUGUAACUACAGGCACCCAGCACAACACCCAGCUAUUUUUGUUUUUGGAGACAGGGUCUUGCUCUUGGUCAGGCUGAUCUUGAAUUCCUAAGCUAGGCAGAAAAUCCACCCACCUCAGCCUCCCAGAGUACUGGGAUUACAGGCAUGAGCCACGGUGCCUGACCCAACCAUAUUUGUUAUAGUACCAUUUAGCAGAGUACACCUAAACAAAUGCAAUCACUGGUUCUCCCAGGUGGUUCAGGCUAAUCUGACAGAGGAAACACUAGCAGUUUGGCAGAAUCUUUAGGGGGCCCUAUUAUGUGAUAAUGCAUUUUGGUGGAAAUUUUCCUCUAAAGGCUGAUGACUGAACAGGAACAAUUUGGGGCAUAUAACCAUGGACUGGGAAAUACCACAAGAGCAAACCCUACCGUGGUUAUGGGCUUGGGUCCCUGAGGCAAUGCAACAGAAAGACUCUUGCCCUUUCCUGUCAUCCAGACUUUGGAUGUCUUCCUAAACUUAACCUGUCCCAUAGCCUGCCUUCCUUCUGUUCUUCUGUUUUUCUUUAUAUGCAUAGCUCAUACUUGCUCUUUGUUAUAAACCUUAACUCUUCAGUUUUACAAUCUAAUUCCCACAUCCCUUUUUUUUUUUGAGACAGUCUCACUUUGUCACCCUUGGUAGAGUGCCAUGGCAUCAUAUCUCACAGCAACCUCCAACUCUUGGGCUCAAGCGAUUCUCUUGCCUCAGCCUCCCAAGUAGCUAGGAUUACAGGCGCCCACCACAACACCCAGCUAUUUUUUGUUAGAAAUGGGGGUCUCGCUUUUGCUCUGGCUGGUCUCGAACCUGUGAGCACACGGCAAUCCACCUGCCUCAGUCUCCCAGAGUGCUAGGAUUAUAGGCAUGCACCACCAGGCCCAGCAUCACAUCCCUUCUAACUCCUGUGUUUUUCUGGAGCUCAUCUGGAUCCCUACAAUUCACAAGUCAUAGACUCAGAGACCUGAAAAAGCCUGUGUUUAGAGAUCAUUGGGUAUAGGCUCCUCUACAGAUGAGGACACAGGUCCAGAGACAGAAGUGGCUCCUGCAUGGUCAGAGAAUUUGUGCAGCUCAAGAAGGAGCUUAAAUCUAGGCCCCUUGGCCAUACCCCAGGCCCAGGCUAAGAAACAGCUCUCUAUACAGACCCAUGAUUUUUCAUAGCAAAAGAUAACCUCAGAAAUGUUUUAUGGGUGGCGUCUGUGGCUCAGUGAGUAGGGCACCUGCCCCAUAUACCGAGGGCAGCCUCGGCCAAACUGCAACCAAAAAAUAGCCAGGCGUGUGGCGGGCGCCUGUAGUCCCGCUGCUCGGGAAGCUGAGGCAAGAGAAUUGCGUAAGCCCAAAAGCUGGAGAUUGCUGUGAGCCGUGUGAUGUCAUGGCAUUCUACCAAGGGCUGUAAAGUGAGACUCUGUCUCUACAAAAAAAAGAAGAAAAGAAAUGUUUUAUUUUCUGCUGCUAUUUUCUGUCCAUUCCUUUCCCCAUUCAGGGAUAACGAGAAACAAAAGGGCCUACUGGUUUUCUGUGUGUCCCUAGCCUUGGCACUUCUUUUGUUGAUGUUGCUAAAGAGCAGUGACAUUGCUAAAAAAGACCAAAUGAUCUACCCAUUGAAUGACUAACGUGGGGAGGAAAUGAAAGUUUCUUAUGUGAAUCCCCCCAAACUGCUGUUCUCACUAGGACCUCCCAGAGCCUCCCCAGUUCCUGGAUAGUGCAGCCUGGUCUGCUGGCCCCAAAUCCACUAGUUUUGUGCCUCACUAAAGCUUCCUCAUGCAACCACCUUCCUUUGUGUGUAUAAAACCUCAUAUGAAUUAAAGUUGAAAUACAAAAAGAAAGUAUGUGAUUAAGAUAUUCAG